UCGGUAGAAAGACCAUAACGAAAGAAACCGAUUCAGGAAACUCCCGACUCACUUCAGUCUCUACUUCGUCUUCAUCAUCUCCGGUAAGCCCCUCAUCCAUCUAUCUAUAUAUACUCUCUCUCGCCAUAUAUAUUUGUUAUCAGUGUUGAUCUCAAUCAAUAAAGGUUUCAACUUUAGGGUUUUCAGGAUCAAAAUCAAGAAUUUACUCGUUUCAAUCGAAUUUUUCUAGGGUUCGAUCAAAUUCUAGGGUUAGAACACACUAAUUAAGAAAUUGAGAUUCUGGGUUUUUGUUUAAAUUACGUUAGGAACAAACCCUUUGAAAGGAUUUGAUAAUGGCAUCAUUUAGGUCAUACCCACCACAACCUCCGCCACCAUCAAAUCAAAACCCAGUAGCGCCACCUCUUCCAGGUGGUGGAAGUAGUCAGAGUAGAGGUUUUUCAAGUCAACCGCCACUUCCGCCAGCUCCUACAUCAUUCCCCCCCAACUAUCAACCAAAUUCAAACCACCAUUAUAGACCAGCCCCACCACAACCGCAGCAGGCGUAUCCGUAUCAGCCACCGCAAGUUCCACCACAGCCUUAUCCGGCAGCAGCAGCACCACCACCUAUGCCCCCAUCUGGUUCGCAGUAUUAUCCGGCAUCGCAGUAUUCACAGUUUCGUAAUUCAGUACAGCCACCUACAGUGCCUCCUCCACCAGGACCACCUCCACCUUCAUCGCCUCCGCCUCCACCUCCUCCAUCUGUUCCUCCACCUUCGCUUCCUCCACCUCCACCGCCUUCAUCGAGCUCCCAACCACAUCACCAGUCUAGAGAUAACCGGAGUAAUAAUCAUGGGCACCAUGGGCAUCAUAGAGGAGGACCUAGGGAGUCUAGUGGGUCAGGUUUGCAUGAUCAGUCAAGGCAUCAUUCGAAACAUGGGUUACCUCCUAAACAACACAAGUCAUCAGGUCCUCCACCGCCCGCAUCGCGUCCUGGUGGAAGGGUAGAGACGGAGGAAGAGAGGAUGAUAAGGAAGAAGAGAGAGUAUGAGAAACAAAGGCAAGAAGAAAAGCAUAGGCAUCAAGCAAAGGAAUCUCAAAGCUCUGCGAUGCAGAAGGCACAGAUAAUGGCUUCUGGGGCAAAGGGACAUGGAUCAAUUGUUGGGUCACGAAUGGGAGCGGGGAAAAGUACUCCAUUUUUGAAUGCAGAGAGGAUUGAGAAUCGGUUAAAAAAGCCUACCACAUUCUUGUGCAAGUUGAAGUUUAGGAAUGAACUUCCAGAUCCGACAGCACAACCGAAGUUAAUGUUAUUAAACACUAAUAAAGAUCUAUACACUAAGUACACCAUUACAUCAUUGGAGAAAAUGCACAAGCCUAAAUUAUUUGUCGAGCCUGAUCUUGGGAUACCACUUGACCUACUCGACAUCAGUGUAUACAAUCCUCCCGACACAAAACAAACUCUGGCUCCCGAGGAUAAAGAGUUGUUGCGGGAUGCUGAGUCAGCAACUCCUAUCAAACAAGACGGCAUAAAAAGGAAAGAGAGGCCUACUGAUAAAGGUCUGUCGUGGUUGGUCAAGACAGAAUAUAUUUCUCCUAUUAGCAUGGAAGCAGCAAAAACGCCCCUUAGUGAAAAACAAGCCAAAGAUCUACGAGAAAUCAGGGGAGGUCGCCAUAUUUUGGAUAAUACCAAUAACAGGGAAAAACAAAUCCAAGCAAUUAAUGCGUCCUUCGAGGCAUGCAAGUCGCGGCCAGUUCAUGCCACUAAUAAAAGGUUACAGCCUGUUGAGAUUCUGCCGUUGCUCCCGGACUUUGAUAGGAGUAAUGAUAAAUUUGUUAUGGCUACAUUUGAUGGCGAACCAACCGCUGAUUCAGAAGUGUUCAGCAAGUUGGACAAAACUACGCGUGACGUGCAUGAAUCACAGGCAAUUAUGAAGAGUUUUACAGCAUCUGGCUCAGAUCCUGCUAUGCUGGAUAAAUUUUUGGCAUAUAUGGCUCCUUCACCAGAUGAGCUUUGGAAGGAUGUCUAUGAAGAAAGUGAGGACAUUUCAUACUCCUGGGUCAGGGAGUAUCAGUGGGAUGUUCGAGGUAAUGAUGCAGAGGACCAUGCAACAUACAUUGUUGCUCUCGGUGAAGAAACCGCACGUUACUUGCCACUUCCGACAAAGCUUGUUCUAAGGAAAAAGAGGGCUAAAGAUGGUAGGUCCAAUACAGAGAUUGAGCAUUAUCCAGUACCUGCGAGUGUGACAGUAAGAAACAGACCAGAAGUUUCUGCGAAGGAGUUGGUGAAGGAUUCAGGAGAUUAUACAAAUUCAAAGGGGAAUUAUUCAAGUUCCAAACGAGGGAGGUCCGGAAACGAGGAUAACAUGCGGCAUUAUAAGUCCCCUCGAGUCCAAGAGAUGGAUAACUAUAGUGGGGGUGAAGACGAGAUGUCCGAUUGAUCUCCUAUCAAACAAGAGUUCCCUAUGUGGGUUUAGAAAUUACAGUUUUGUUUGUCAAAUGAUGUAAGAUAAUUUUGUUUUCGCCGACUGUCAGAUUCAAGAAUAGAGAAGCGAAAAUGAUACUCUGGUUUUGUAACGUUGCUGCAAUAGAAAGUUGAACGAUAUUACAAUGUUCUUCUGUCACUGUUAUCUUUAUACUCUUCCUACGUUUGUUAUAAUGCUAAAUAAGGUGAUGGUGGGCAACAAGUGUGCCAGUAGAAUCAACCUGACGCUGCUCCUGCACAGAAUCAACCUGAUGCUCCAAUCUGAAUUCUGAAGGCUGCAUUCGCAACUAAGGUGAGCAAACAAUUGUCUUUUCAGUCACACUGAAGAAUGUCUACUUUUUGAACAGUUGUAGCGUUAGUGUUGUUAUAGGUACACAUGAUUAGAGACUUCUCUUGGGACACUGAGUAGGUUGUACAUCUACAUAUUUCUCUUACAACCUUGCAACCUUUUGGUUAAUCUUUUGCCUGCAACAAUGAUAUUUUUUUGAUCAGAUAUAUAUUCGAGUGUACAAUCUGUUUAAACUC